AUGGAGGCCAGGCCACGACCGGUCAAGUGCAGCAGGCAGGUGAGGGAAUAUGAGGAAGUGGUGCUGAUACUGGCGCUGCUGGUGCCAGCAGGUACAGUCACAGUCAGCAACAGGCUUGCAGGCUUCACAUCCCACGUGGAUUCUACUGGCAAGCACUGGGGCAGCAGCAGCAGUGACGGUGGCGGUGGUGGCGGCAGAGGGAACAGAAGUCAUGGAGUGGCGAUUGACAGAGGGAUAGAGGAGGAGGGGUUGAUGCUGGGGUUGGCUGUAGAUUGGAGCAAGGAGGAAUGGGGGAGGAUGGAGAGGAGCGGAAGGGUAGGUAUGGAGACCCAAGGGAAAGAGAGAGGGGAGGAUAGAGGGGAGUUUUGGGUGAGGCGGCGGGUGGGGGGAGUGAGGAGAGCCAGGGAGAGGGUGGGUAAGGAGCAUGCGGUGAGAGGGAGGAGGAGAGCGGGCGGUAGAGGGAAGGACGGAGGGGUGAGUAGUAGGGGGUUGCAGGAAAGGAGGAGGAAGCGAGGGGGAGGGAGAGGAGGGGGUGGGGAGGGGAAAGAGGGGGGGCGAGUGAGGGAGUGUGAGGGGGUGAUGGUGGGUGAGUGGCCGGGAGUGGAUGACCUGGCAGCAGUGGGGGCACUCAUGGCUGUGAGGGGGAGGCGAGUGAGGGAGGCGAAGAGAGGGGAGGGGGGUGUGGCGAAGGAGAAUGAGAGGGGUGGUGAUGGGGCAUCACCUUUUCCACUCCCCUUCCGCGGCCCACACAUCCCCCACCAUCAACUCUCACAACAGCACACAUCUCCCCCUCGUCUACCUCCUGUGCAGAGUUCCUGUGCAGUGGAGGGGCCUCAUCUCUCCCACACGCCCUCCGCGCCUCAGCUGGGGGCAGGCAUCGACUCGCACUCCCUCGUUCUGCGCAUGGGGCACCACACCCCGCCCACCCGCCUGCAGGCAUACAUUCUGGGAAGUCACACUGAUGUGUGGGUGGAGGUGGGGGGGAGAGGGGGAGGGGACAUGCACGGCACACACGAGGUGGGGGGAGGGGGUGGAGGAGGGGGCACAGGGAGGGGGCUCACCAAGGGAGUGGGGGAAGGAGGGGGGAGAGGGGUGGGGAGAGGGGUGGGGCGGCGACGCUUGCUGGGGCUGAAGGGCCGAUCGGUGGCAUACCUACGUGCUGACAGCUCGGCCCUUGUUGCCGCACCGCCCUGGCUGCCAGUGCUGCAGCAGCUGGGUGUGAGCAGGGGGCACGUGGGCAGGCGACGAGGAGACAUGGGUGCUGGGGAAGAAGAUGAGGCCCUCUUCCUUCCCCCGUCACUAACAGACGAAGCUCGCCGCCUCUUCAAUGCCUUUGCCCACCACUUCCGAUGCGCCAUUGGUGCUCCCAUGCCUGCACACCAUGCUGCCUCUGGUGCUGCUUCCACGGCCGCAUCUUGUGCUGCUUCUAGUUCCACAGCUGCUACUGUGGAAAGACCUGGGGUGGUGACAGCAGAAGCAGGGGCAGUAGAGGCAGCAAGGGAAGCGGCCAUCCCCAUCCCCAUGCCUCGCAUGCCCCCGCACUGGCCGGUGCUGUACCUGCUGCUGCAUGCGUGCGACAAGCUCACAUUGUUUGGCCUUAUCCGCAACGCCUCCGUGCACGGGCUGCAGAGGUCACUUCUCCUCCCUUGUCUCCCACCCUUUCUCCCCCAGCCCCAUGCACGUCCCCUUAAUGCGCUCGGAGCUGCAUCGGCGCCCGCCCCUACUGGUGCUGGAAUUGCUUCUGCAUGCACUAGUGCGCACCAACCUGCUCAGCUGCUCCCUUGUUUUCUGCUCCGCACCCCUUUCCUCCCCUUCCUCCCCUCCCCAUCCUUUGCCCUCCCCCCCAGCCCCAUGCACGUUCCCUCAAUGCGUUCAGAGCUGCACCGCCGCCCAUCCUUGCUGGUGCUGGAGUCACUGCUGCAUGCACUGGCGCGCACCAACCUCCUCAGCUGUUGCGGGGGCAUUGGGGACCCUCACUGCGUCCCUUCCUUCUUCCCCCUUCCCCGUCCCUUCCCCUCUCCCCCCUGCGCUUCCCCCCCCAGCCCCAUGCACGUCCCCUCAGUGCGCUCGGAACUGCAUCGCCGCCCAUCCCUACUGGUGCUAGAGUCGCUGCUGCAUGCACUGGCACGCACCAACCUCCUCAGCUGCUGCGGGGGCAUCGAAGACCUCUUCCGCCACCUGCCCCUGCUGCUGCCUGGGGCAGGGAGUGGGGGUCGGAAGGGGGCGGUGGCUUCUGGUGCAGGUGGUUUUGAUGCAGGCAUGGCUGGGGGGAGUGUGGCUGGGGAUGGUGGGGGGAUUGUAGAACGAGGCUUGGGGAAGGGAGGGCAGGAGAGGCGAGGAGAAGAGGGUAUGGCACAGAGGCGUGAGAAUACUUGGAGUGGCGCUGGUGGUGAUACUGCUGAUGCGAGUGGGAAUACUGGGAGCACUGAUCUUGGCCGAAGAUCUGUUAACGAGGAAGACUAUGAUGAGGAUGAGGUGGAUGGCAGAGGGAAGACAGGGAAUGUGGUGGAGGGACAGGGCGCAGUGGAGGGGGCAGGGUGGGGGGAUGAGUAUGGUGAUGAGGGGGAGGAUUGGGGGGAGGGAGGAGAGGGGGAGGGGGGUGGAGAAGGGGCGGCGGGAGGAGAAGACGAUUAUGAGUAUGAUGAUGACUACUAUGGGGCACCUAUUGAGGAGCUGAUGAGUGACUUGGAGCAUGCCAAUGCGGCACAUGCCCAAGAAGUGCAACAAACAGAUGCGUGA